GGGGCGUCCUGCCGGCUCUCGGCCGAAAGGGGCGAAGCCUGCGGGCGGCGCGGCGGGGCGAUGGAUCCCCUGUGGAGGGCCGUUCUCUCGGAGAGCCUCCUCGGCUACAUUUCUUGGUCUCUGUACCAUGCCCUGCCACCGAUGAUUUAUUACUUCCCUCUGCAGACACUGGCACUUACUGGUUUAGAAGUUUUUGCAGUUGCCUUCUUGUCUCCAAUAUUCCUGGUAAUUGGUCCUUGUUGGAGGCUGGCUAACAAUAAGUACAUCCUUGCUCUUCUGAGGUUGACUGUGGUUGGGAGCUUAGCAUCAUACCAGGCUCCAAAUGCUUCCAUUAGACUGUUCAUCUUGGCUGCUGGUGUUUCUUCCUCAUUGCUGGUUCAAACAGUAACAUGGUGGUCAGGAAACAGUUUGCAAAGGUUCAUCAGGAUAUGGGGCUUCAUUCUAGGCAAGAUGAUGCUCCUCGUCCUUCGAAUCUGGUAUACAUCACUGAACCCAGUGUGGAGCUCACGAGCUGCCAAUACUGUCAUGCUGACAAUUGGUUUUGUAGCAGCAGUGGAGCGAAUUUAUUCAGUUGAAGGCGAGAGGAAGCGAAGAGCAAACACUACUGGUAACACAGUUAAGGAGACAGUCUCACAGCCUAAUUGGCUUUUGUCAGGAGUUGCUUUUGGCAGCCUCAUGUUCCUCACCGUUUGGAUAUUUGGGGAGGUCUCGCUAAUUUCUAGAUGGGCAGUAAGUGGGCACCCACAUACAGGUCCAGAUCCUAAUCCGUAUGGUGGUACAGUUCUGUUGGGUCUGGCUCAUGGACUGAUGCUUUCGUUUUGGAGUUGGUCCUCUGUUGCCAGUUUUGCCUGGUUUCUUAUAGGCAUAGCAUCUUCAGCUGGUCUCCUUUACUUACACACCUGGAGUGCUGCUGUGGCAGGCAACAUUCUUGCUGUCUUUACUAUGUGUGUGUGGCCUCAGCUGGCUGGGCGCUUUGUUGGCUGUCUGCAUCCCGGAAAAGCCAUGAGUACAGCCAUGUUCACCUAUGUUCUUGAAUUAUUCUUCUGUGUGUGGUGUACAGCUUAUAAAUUUGUACCUGGAGGAGUUUAUGCUAGAGAAAGCUCCCAUCUUCUUUUAGGGUUUAUUAUGUUAUGCAUUGGGCUAGACUUUCUAACAGGAUCCAAGAAAGAUCUGAACUCCAUCUUUGAAGUGAAAAGCAACCAAAAGUCAUUUUUUAAGAUGAGUACAAAAUACAUUAAACUACUAUUGUGGCUGUUUGUUGGUGUUGGUUUGCUAGGAUUGGGUCUACGUUAUAGGACUUAUGAGAAGAAGUUGGGCCGAGGGGUUCCAAAAAGAGAUUUCUCUGCUAUGAUCUGGCCUUUUAGGUUUGCAUAUGACAAUGAAGGGUGGUCCAAUUUGGAGGGAUCUGCUACUUUACUUAAUCAGACAGGUGCAGAUUUUAUCACUGUUCUGGAAAGUGAUGCCUCUAAACCAUUCAUUGGAAACAAUGACCCAACAAUGUGGCUAGGAGAAAGACUAGGAUUUUACACAGAUUUUGGUCCAAGUACGAGGGAUCACACUUGGGGGAUUAUGGCACUGUCAAGAUAUCCAAUUGUAAAAUCUACCCAUCACCUUCUCCCUUCUCCAGAGGGAGAGAUUGCACCUGCCAUCUCCAUGACUGUCAACUUCACAGGGAGACUGGUUGAUUUUGUUGUUGCACACUUUGGAAACGAAGAAGAGGACUUGGACAGAAAACUUCAGGCUAUAGCUGUUUCAAAGUUGUUGAAGACAAGCUCUAAGCAAGUUGUAUUUCUAGGAUAUAUCACUUCAGCUCCUGGAUCCAGAGACUAUACUGAAUUAAUAGAAAAUGGAAAUGUCCAGGAUAUUGACAGUACAGAUCGUGACAGGUGGUGUAGCUAUAUUAUGUAUCGUGGAAUAAUAAGGUUGGGCUAUGCCCGCAUAUCUCAUGCUGGUUUAAGCGACUCAGAAGUCCAAAUGGCGAAAUUUAGAAUCCCAGAUAACUUAGAUAACUAUGUUGACAAUGACAGAGUUGUCAUUGAUCCCAGCCAAGUUCCUGAAGACAUCCAUUUCAAUCCCAGGUUUGGAUCUUAUAAAGACGGACAUAAUUAUGAUGAGAGUAUUCAUCACUUUCAUAUGAGCACCCCUAAAUAUUUUAAACAAACGAAUUAGAGUGAGAAAAUAAUGUAUCAUGGGGACCAACAAGAAAGUUUUGUUGUUUGCUACUGAACUGGCAGCCACAAAGAAUACACUGCUUAAGGAUGAGGAGUCCCAUGCUGAAUAGCACUGUGAACGUCUGUGUAAUAGUUGGUGGCUCUUUUGAUUUAUCAUUGCUGUGAGAGGGAAAUUGCAUAUAUUUUGAUAAACUGGAAUCCUCUUGAGCCAGGUAUCUGUUUUGUAUGCAUGAAAGCAAAAAUGGGAACUUGCUUUGGCAAUAAUUUACUCAAUUUUAUUAAACGUAUCAUAUGUUGUACUGUUUCA